UAAAACCCGGAUUUUAACGCAUACCGGACACCUUCGAAAAAGUAGCUAAGGAAUAGUUCUAAAUAUUAAACACUUUUGAUGUGACAAUAAACUAAAAAUGCUUUAGUAUUAUCGUAUUAGAAUUAAAGAUUUUAAAAUGAUUGUUAGCAUUCAUUCUGUCGAUGAAAGUAGAAAUUUCCUGAAGUUUAAUAACCACAUCGUUAACGGGUACAGAGUCAGUUUUUCAAAAAUUCAAUGUUUAAAAAGCGUAUUCAUGUUGACAAAUGAAACUAUCAAUAUAUGGACUCACUUGCUCGGUUCUUUAUUUUUUUUUUACACCACAAUUGAUGUUAACGUUUCAAUUUUGCCAAGUUUGUCUAGCUCUACUACAAUUGACUAUUUUAUCAUGACAGCUUUUUGUUUGUCUUAUUCUUUGUGUUUAAUGCUUUCCACACUUUACCAUGUAUUUAAUUGUCACUCAGAAGUAUAUUACAUAAUGUGGUUAAAUAAUGAUCGUCUUGGUAUUACGCUAGGAUUGUUAGGCAGCUACAUUCCUUCAAUUUAUUACGGAUUUUACCAUGAACAUUUUCUCAAGGUCUUUUACACAAGUUCUGUACUAUUCCUUAUUGUAUUUGUUAUUAUAUACCAGCUAACUAGAACUCGAUAUAGUCUACACGAUGGUGUUUUAGUAAUAUUUUAUAUAUUUGUGGCAAUGUUUGGUCUUAUCCCUACUGUGCAUUUUGUAAUGCUGCACGGAUUUAUGCAUCCUAUUGUUUUACAAUUUCUCCCAAGAAUUUUUAUUAUGUAUCUUUUAAUUUUAACGGGUUAUUGUUUUUAUCGAUGUAAAUUACCAGAGUGUUUAAUUCUAGGGUUAUUUGAUUAUAUAGGCGCCAGUCAUCAGAUCUGGCAUAUAUUUGUGUUUCUCUCACUACUAUGGUGGUAUAACACAUCUGUCAGUCUCAUUCGUUUGCGGUUGGAUCAAACUUAAAUUAGUUUUUUAAUAAUUUAAAUUAUUUUUUUUUUAAUUGUUAAUAAAUGGAUUUUUAAAUUU